GCAUUAUCCCGAGUUUUUGACUGUAAUCAAACCCACCUUUCACACUGGAAGCCCCCAUUGACUCAUUGACGGGAGUCAUUACCUACCUACCUAGGGAGGAAAACAUGGGUGACAGAGGCGGACUCGGAGCCACCCCGGGGUCACCCGAAACCCGCAUGGGAAACCCACAUCAGUCCAAUCCAUUUCACAGCACAGAUUAUUGGGCGAAACUCGUCGACUAUACAGGGGAAACCUCGCGAGACGACUUUACCCUGCUCGAGUUUGCAACGCUUCAACGUCUGAAUCUCAUCCAUCUGCAGAAUGAGCUCGCGCUUAUCAAAGCAGACUUUGUUGGUUGUCGAAAAACAUCGGAGGAACAUAUGGAGAAACUAAGAACACUCCUGCGGGAGUAUGCAACCGCCAUCCGAGACCUCGACUACCUCACCCACCUCCCUCAAGUCACAGAUCCCCAAUCCAUCCUAGACAAACGCAUUCUCCUCUCCAACGCCUUCCCCUUGCUCGCAAAUCGCGCCGGCGCCCCGUAUUAUUCGGUGUGUCUCACCAUCCGUCGAGACGCAGUCCGGAAAACCGACGCAGUCCGCGAGUUUCUCCGCAAGAAUCUUCCCCGCCGCCUCGCCUGGUCUGCCGAGGAGCGAGACGCCAACAAGCUUCGUUACAGCCAGCGUCUUCCCACCACUUCUGUACUCCCGCUCAUUAGACCAGAUCGCGCGUUUCCUGGUUGCUGUGGGUGGAGGUUGUCUAGUUGUUGUUCCCAUGCUUGUCAUGUCUUUCCAACCGUCGCAGACACGGAGCCUCGUAGUGGUGGCGGUGGCAGUCGUCUCGUUUGCGCUGAUCAUGAGUCUAGCGUUCCAGACUGAUAACAAAGACACUCUGACGGCAACGGCUACGUAUGCGGCUGUUUUGGUGGUGUUUGUUGGGACUAGUGGUACGGGGGCAGAGACAGGAUCGUAAGAGUCGUUUGAACUGAGCCCCUGAACAGAACCCCUGAGCUUUGGUAAGGGAGAAAUUCGCCCCGUUUUACUACCAAGUUUUCAAAAGUUUUCAAAGGCUGUGCCAUUCAAUGAGU